UGCAGUCAUUCGUGUACAGGGAGAAGCAGUGGAGAGAGAACACGUCCCUGAGGAGCACCAGUGCUAAUAGUGAGGGUCCCGGAUGUGAGUUAACCCAGUCUCACUAGCUGCUGCCUAUCUGUCAGAAAGUCCCAUAUUGACAGCAUCAUUCACAGACCUGUGUGCUCGGUCGUGGCGGCUGGAAGUCUCAUCAGCAGAGUAAGCUGACAGUGAUCAUGAAACAGGAAGAGCUGAUCGCUCAGAAGAAGAGAGAGAUUGAAGCCAAACUGAAAGAACAGAAACAGAACCAGAAACAGAGCAAACCCUGCAGCUCUUCUCCCUCACAGGCAUCAUCAUCAUCAUCAUCAUCAUCUAAUAAGUUUGUGAAUGAUGGCAGUUUUCUGCAGCAGUUUCUGCAGAUGCAGCGAGAGAAGAGCUGCGCAGAUGCAGGAUCUAAAAGUGAGUCCCCUGGCUCCGCCCCCUCUGCUCAGAGCCCAUCAGCAGCUGCAACACCCGCACAGAAAAAGAGCAUUCUGAUUGGCAAACGGCCGGGGUUGGGCGUCGGCAGCAUGAUCAAUCAGUUCAAAAACUACUCGCAGUCCAAGAAGACGGCGCUCGUCGCCGCACGCCCCAGUGUGUUCAGCUCACCCGACGAUGAAGACGAGGAGGAUGACGACGCACACUACCUGGAGGUCAAAGUUUCCCCCCCAGAGGAUGAAGAUCUGCGCCUCAUCAUCGACAAGAUGGCCUCGUUUGUAGCUGAAGGAGGUGCUGAGCUGGAGAAGAAAGCCAUGGAGGACUACAAAGACAAUCCCAUGUUCUCAUUCUUGUUUGAGAGGGGCGGUAAAGAGUUUCUGUACUACAGGAAGAGAGUGGCAGAAAUCAGGAAACAGACUUCAGCACAAUCUGAUGUCUCCUCCUCAGUGGACGAGAACACCAGGAAGGUGGCAGAGAAACUGGCGCGCUUCGUAGCAGACGGUGGCACAGAGGUGGAGAUCAUGGCAGCUGAACACAACCGGGACAAUCCUGCCUUCAGUUUCCUGUACGAGUAUCAGAGCGCCGCUCAUCGCUUCUAUAAAGCCAAAGUGGACGAGUUCCGUCAGUGUAAAUCGAGCAGUGAGUCUCAGACGCAGGAGGACACGCCCCCCACCACAGCCAAGAGGAAGAGGAAGAGUCGCUGGGGCGCUGAAGAUGAUAAAGUUGAGCUGCCGCCCCCUACAGUCACCAACCAUCACAUCACUGAACACGAGAACAACACACCUGCACUCACUGAUCAGGAGCUGAGCAGUCUGGGAUAUAAGAAGGGGAAGCCGGUGGGUUUGGUGGGAGUGACUGAACUCUCAGACGAACAGAAGAAACAACUCAAAGAGCAACAGGAAAUGCAGGAGAUGUACGAUAUGAUCAUGAAGCACAAGCGAGCGAUGCAGGACAUGCAGCUGCUGUGGGAGAAGGCCAUCAAAAACCAUCAGCACGAGUACGACAGCGAUGAAGAGGUCGAUCAUGAGGCCGGAACCUGGGAACAUCGACUCCGACAGAUGGAGAUGGAGAAGACCAGAGAGUGGGCGGAGCAGCUGACAGAGAUGGGCAAAGGGAAGCAUUUUAUUGGUGAUUUCCUGCCGCCUGAUGAGCUGGAGAAGUUCAUGGAGACGUUUAAAGCACUGAAGGAGGGCAGAGAUCCUGACUACUCGGAGUAUAAAGAGUUCAAGCUGACGGUGGAGAACAUCGGCUUUCAGAUGCUCAUGAAGAUGGGCUGGAAGGAGGGUGAAGGUCUCGGCUCGGAGGCGCAGGGCAUCAAGAAUCCUGUGAACAGAGGCUCUACAGCAGUGGAUGGUGCAGGGUUCGGUGUGGACAGACCAGCUGAACUGAACAAGAGUGAUGAUGAAUACGAUGCCUUCCGUAAGAGAAUGAUGCUGGCAUAUCGAUUCAGACCAAACCCUCUGAAUAAUCCCAGAAGGCCGUACUACUGAUCACCGCAGCAUUUGAUCUCAACUCUUUCUUUUCUUGUAACAGGCUGAUUUAUGUGCUUUUUUUCCAGGAUUUUCCCCCCUGUGUGCACAGUUUUUAAAUAAGAGGCUGUAGCAGCUGUCACAGAGUCUUAAAUCCCCUUAUGUUUCUUGAAUUCUUUAAAUAUGUUGAUUUACUUACAUUACCUUAUUAUUACUAAAGCUUUAAAAAUCCAGUAUAGUCAGCUGUGUAAUAUAAUAUUGAACCCAAUGCAAGUUCCUGGAUUUUAUGUGUGUUUUACGUAGUAAUGAGCCACAGAUGUGACAAAUGAAUCCUCUCAUGACUCCUUUUAGGUGCACAAACUGAUGAGUUUUAGACCUGUUACGAUCUGCAGAUUUAUGUCUGUUAUCAGCACACACAUGUCACCUGAUCUAAUAAAUGUCUGUGAUACUCAAACUCUCUGUGUGUGUUUGCUUGAUUUCAAACCUUAACUUUUCAUCGACCUGCAAUUACUGUACUAAUGCAAACUACAUUCUGUAAUAUUAAACAUGGGAGGAAUAAACAU